AGUUGCGCUAACGAGAAGAGGUUCAAAUGUAAGAAAAAAGAUAAACAGAAACUCGGAAUGUUCAACAAUGCGCAUCAAUGAGGAUGCAGCUUCUUUCCAAUGGGCACCUACUCUUUGUGAUUUACCAUGAGAAGGAACUUUCAUCAGUAGAUUUGUUCAGUCUUAUUCAGUUUUCUUCUUCUUCUUCUUCUUCUUCACUUUUUACUCUCAGAUCAUCAUCCAAGUGUUCAUCAUUUCUCAGAUUUUUCUUUCCUUCUUCUUCUUGUUCACCUUUUCUUGUAUUAUUAUUUUUUUCUCUUCUUCUUCAUCUCAUGUUUGUUAUAAUUUCUUGGUGAUUUUUUCUUCUUCUUUUCUUUCACUUUUAUUCUAUGGGUGAGUUUACGUGUUUUCUAAUUCCAGUGUUUCUGUGUAUUGUUAUGACUUCAGCUUCUCCUUUCUCUCCUUCACUUCACCAUCAUUCUCAUCACAUUCCUUCAAUUCAAUCUUCUUCUCUCAUCUCAUUUCCAUUAUUAUCAACAUCAGAGUUAUCGUCAGUCACCACAAGCAUCUUCUUCUUCAUCAUCACCAGUGUGUUUCUCGUUUAUUUUACAUGGUAAAGUGAUGGCCUCAGGAAAAGCUGGUGUUCACGUCAUUCAACUGAAACCAAUUGUGGUGCAAGAGAGACUUCAACAAGGAUGCAAAUUCGUUAAAUGGGACGAUGAUUCAACUAUAGGAACCCAUGUUACCCUGUGUAUCGAUUCCAAAGGAUUUUUUCUCUACUGGAAAGAUACUAACAAUGAAAUCGAAUACCUAGAAAUUUCUUCCAUUCGGGAUACUCGAACUGGACGAAAUGCUCGUGUUCCCAAAGAAGGUCGACUUCGUGAUAGCUGUAACAUUGGACUUCCUGAGGUUCCAUUAGAGGAUAAAACUUUCACUGUUGUUUAUGGACCUGAUUUUGUAAAUACUUCAUUUAUUAACUUUGUUGCUCCAAAUCGUGAUGAUGCCAUUGAAUGGACCGAUUCAGUACUCAAAAUGGCCUACAACCUAUUGGCACUCAACUCGUCACCUUACACCUUAUUAGCUAAAGCUCACACUAAAAUACAGCUAAUGGUAGAUAGGGAAGGACAAAUUCCUGUGAGAAAUUUUAUUAAACAAUAUGCUCAGCACAAGGACGAUAAGAAGCGCGUUGAAAAGGCCAUGGAUUUCACGAACAUUCCGACUGGAAAGUCAAGUUCCUUUGAUCCAGAUAAGUUCCCUCUUGAGACAUUCUUACAAUUUUAUAAACAUCUUGUUGUUCGAAGUGAAGUUGACAAAAUAUUUGACCGACUUAUUUCUGUUGGUGAAUCAAGUAAAAUGGUAAACAAUCAUCCAAGGUUGAUGACUGUCGAUCAGUUUGUUGCUUUUCUAAACAAAGAGCAACGAGAUCCUCGAUUAAACGAAAUACUUUAUCCAUACGCUGAUCGAGCCAAGGGAAUUGAAUUAAUAUCUCAAUACGAACCGAAUAAAGUCAAUGUUGAGAAAGACUGUAUCUCAGCUGAUGGUUUUCUUCGUUAUUUGAUGAGUGAUGACAAUGCUAUUGUUGCGCCUGAAAAGUUUGACCACAAUCAGGACAUGGACCAACCUCUCAACCACUAUUUCGUCAACUCUUCCCACAAUACAUAUCUCACUGGUCAUCAGUUGACUGGUAAAGCCUCAGUUGAAAUAUACCGUCAAUGUCUAUUAGCGGGCUGUCGUUGCAUUGAAUUAGAUUGUUGGAAUGGGCGAAAUUCCGAUGAACCCAUUAUCACCCAUGGAUACACUGUGGUCUCUGACAUUCCCUGUAAAGAUGUUCUCGAAGCAAUUGCUGAAACAGCCUUUAAAACCUCUUGUUACCCUGUAAUCCUUUCGUUUGAAAACCAUUGUUCAACUCGUCAACAAGCCAAAAUAGCCCAAUAUUGUCGUAAAAUUUUUGGUGAAAUGCUUUUAACUGAACCUCUUCCCUCUCAUCCGCUCAAACCCGGUGUUAAUCUGCCCUCUCCUAAUUUAUUGAUGAGAAAAAUUUUGAUUAAAAAUAAAAAGAAACACUCAAAGCAGAGGAAAAAUAAACGAGGAACUAAUCUCACAAGCACUUCAACUACGUCCAAUUCAACUUCAAAUCCCGGUGAUGGUCUUGGUGGUACUGGACCAUCCGUGAGGAUCGAAACUUCAUCAACCAUGACAUCUUCAGGUGAAACCCCUAAUACGAUUACGGGAUCAUCGUCUUCAUCAUGUCUUCCAACAUCCACUCCCGAGAGACGUGCUACUCUCCAAACAAAUAAUAGCGACGAGUCCAACACCCUGGAAAGAGAGGAUUCCUCCCAAUUAGCCGAUAACGACGAUUCUCUCAGUGGUCAAGGUGGUUCGACCGGUACUGGUUUGGCUGCAAACAACAAGAUAGCAGUUACAUCAAGUUGUGAUUUGGAUGAUAAUGAAUCUGAUUACAGUCUCGAAGAUGAUGACGCUGGUCCUCCAAGUGAAGCCGGUGGAGCCGCUUCAGGCAGUUCAGUUGGUGAACAACUCGAAGGUGAUGUUCAUAAGGAAGCAGAGGCUUGUGAUGAUAUGUCCGCUAUUGUUAAUUAUAUUCAGCCAGUUAAUUUCGUCUCCUUUGAAUAUUCUGAAAAGCGCAAUAGAAGUUAUGAAAUUUCCUCAUUUGUCGAAGCCCAAGCAACAAGCUUGUUAAAAAUGCGACCAGUCGAUUUUGUCAACCUAAACAAAGUUCAGUUAAGCCGAAUCUAUCCGAAAGGAACUCGAGUGGAUUCGAGUAACUAUAUGCCUCAAGUCUUUUGGAACGCUGGUUGUCAAAUGGUUGCCCUUAAUUUUCAAACUUUAGAUCUUGGUAUGCAAUUGAAUGUGGGAAUUUUUGAAUAUAAUGGUCGAAGUGGUUACCUGUUAAAACCUGAUUUCAUGAGACGAAUGGACAGGAAAUUUGAUCCGUUCACUGAAUCAACUGUUGACGGGAUAAUUGCAGGAACUGUUUCAGUACAGAUUAUUUCAGGUCAAUUUUUAAGUGAUAAAAGAGCAGGGACUUAUGUAGAAGUUGAUAUGUUCGGUUUACCUGCGGACACUAUUCGUCGGAAAAGAACCAAAACGGUGCCUAAUAAUGGAGUGAAUCCAAUAUACGAUGACGAUCCUUUCGUUUUUAAGAAAGUGGUACUUCCUGACUUAGCCUGCCUUCGGAUUGCUGCCUAUGAAGAAGGUGGCAAGUUCAUUGGUCACCGAAUUCUUUCCGUUGUCGGACUUCGGCCUGGGUAUCGUCACUUAGCCUUAAGAAAUGAGUCUGGCCAACCAUUAACUCUUCCUACACUUUUUGUCCAUAUAACUGUCAAAGAUUAUGUUCCUGAGGGUUUAUUUGAGUUGGCUGACGCUCUGGCUAAUCCAAUAGCUUAUCAAUCAAUGUUUGAGAAAAGAGAGAAGCAAUUGUUAGCUUUAACUGAUGAAGAUGGUGACAGUGAACAGGGAACUAGUGAAAAAGGAUCCAAUUCCGGACUCAAUAACACAUCUACAGUCGCUGCCAAAGCAACGGUUACCAAUGAUUCUAGUGAGCGAAAAACAAAUGCAACUGAAGAUAGCAGACGAACGUCAUCAGGUUUGAUUGGCUCAUCAACUUCGAAACACGAAUCAAUGAAUGGAACUGUUUCCGUUACUUCGAAUCGUAAUGCUACAACCUCUUCCUCUGUGACUCCCUCACUUACAUGUCAAGUCGUCUCAUCUCCAGCUCAUCCAGCAACAGUGCCUCCAUUGAUCCGUCAAGAUACUACUUCAUUAAGGAAAAACCAAUCAGUUCGAAGUUUAUCGGACGAAGCAGGUCCUGAAAGAUCGGUCUAUCUAUUGGAGUCGGAAGCUUGUAAUAUUGAAGUGGAAACAUUGGAAGCGUUAAAGAACCAUAAAGACGUUUUAGAAGUGACCGGAAAAUUAGAGAAAGAUAUCGCCGAAACGAAGAAAAAGUUUGAGAAAUCUCGAGCGAAAGUCGCAAGUAGUCAUCAAAAAGGACAUAAACUGAUGAUGUGCAGCUCACAAAGUAAACAACGAUCUGUAUUAGUUAAAAAUUUAUUUCGAAAAUCAUCUUCAUCAACGGAUGCAAGAAGUUUAAACAAACGUUUAAGUGAAGUUGAUGUUACAUCCACUAGUCCAGAGAUGGUGACGAGACUUCAAGAACUCCAUCGAACUUGGGCGAGAACGUUAUAUGAUUUAACGUUAGAACAAUUUAACGCGGAGAAAACUCUUCGCUAUAAAUAUCAUGAAAAGUAUUAUGCAGCUCUUGAGGAAGCUAUGCAAACAUCUCAAUCCUCUCAGGAAAAGUAUUUGCAAAAAUUACAUGUUACCGACGUUAAUAGAGUACAGAGAGUAGAAACUCAAAUAAAAGAAGACAUCAAUAAUUUGGUUAAAAAGUAUAAGGACAAAGCUGAAUUAUCUCGAGUUAAACGGGAACAACACCAGCGAAUCAUCGAUGCUGCAGUAGCAGAGCGACAACGAUUGGGCAAUUUAUUGGCCCGGAGGAAAUCAGAGUUGACCAGUAGACAUGAACUUGUACAAAGAGAAUUAGUUGAAGAUAAAAGAAAGACAAAAGAUAAAAUUGAUCGUGAACAUCAACAGAAAUGCGACUCAUUGACGACAGAAAUAGAAUCAACUGAACCAACUACAUUCAUAGAAAACUGGACACCCAAAUGAGCGCAACAAUCACCAUGAAAUGCUCGAUUAUCGUUACCAUGUAAUACGCAUAAAAGAGAUGCUACAAAACGCAAUCCAACAAAAACCUAUCGCACAAGAAACGGAAGCUAAACCUCGCCAAAAUGUUAAUUAACAAGCAACAAUUUCUAAAUAAUUAGCAACACGAGCCUCUAAAUUGUUCGAUAAACUAAAUUCAUUUCAAUCAAUGAAACUCAAGUUUCAUCUCAAGAUGAAUUGACCUUUAAUCUUCUGACUAAAUUGUAACUGAUUGUUAACUUUUUUUCUCAUAAUGUCCUUUCUCAAAUGAAAGAAGAUGAAAAUGGAACCAGAAAAAAACUUUCAAUUCCAUUUUGUUUUUCGAUAAAUACUAUUAAUAUAUUAGAUGUCAAUUAAGUUGAUGCAAGCAAUUAGCUCCUUUUCCAUUCAUCUGUUAAAAUUGUAAUGUUGAUCUCUUAAUCCCCAAUAAUCUUUCAAUCUCUUUUCUCUAUCGAUUCUUUUUAAUUCUGAUUCUCUCAUCUGUCUCUUUUUUUCCUAUUGUGAUCAUUAAUUAAAAGUGUUAAAUCCCUAAUUUCAACUAUUUUGUGCUCACUAUAUUGUAACUGUUAAUUAUAUACCUUUGAAAUCGUAUCAAUGAUGCGAGAUGAUGAAAACUAAUUCUAAUCAUUCCAACCAUUUGCUUUGAACAAAACAAGGAAACAUUUUGAGAAUCAAAUUGAUCUAAAUUGUGACAAAUCAAAUCAAAAUCUAUGUAAAUCUAAUAAAUGUGUAAUUCUUCUCAUUGUUUUUAGUUUAAUUAA